AAGGUACAAAUGUAUUUUUCUGAAUUUGUCGCCGGCGUGUGAACGUGCAAAGAAAACUGGAUCCGGAUAACGGAACAAAGCGCUAGAAGAAAAUUAGCGACUACGGACCACAGGAGUUGCAGACGGGCCUGAAGACGGAAAGAAACAAAGGCAAGCAGCCCCUCUUAUUCCGCUGACCUUUAACAGGAGCGCCCAUCCUUCUCUUCCUACCACCAUCACCACCAUGGCCCCUUCCAGCAUCGUGACCUUGGACAAGCACGGCAAAGAGAUCACCACCGUCGGUUUCAAUCGAUUUGGUUUCGACAGCGAGGUCUCCAUCGACGACCUCCGUGCUCUCUAUUUGCGCCCCCAUUAUAUCACUACGGCGGGCCAGAGUGCUGCAGCAACCGCUUCUGACGACGAGGAGGUCCAGCAUGCCAAGUUUUCCAAAGGACACACUGAGUAUCAGUCCAAGUCCAUUUACCACCCGGAUUCCAACUCCAUUUCGUACACGACCCUCGCUCGUUUCACUCCUGUUAAACUCCUUGCACCAUCCAACCGCAAACGCAUCCUCGUUACUGGAGGCGCCGGCUUCGUUGGUUCUCACCUCGUCGACCGUUUGAUGCUCCUCGGUCAUGAAGUCACCGUUCUCGACAACUUUUUCACUGGCUCGAAAACCACCGUCAGCCACUGGAUUGGCCACCCCAACUUUGAGAUGGUUCGUCACGACGUUGUUGAGCCCUUCAUGAUUGAGUGUGACCAAAUCUACCAUCUCGCAUGCCCUGCGUCUCCCCCCCAUUAUCAAUUUAACGCGGUCAAGACCAUCAAGACCUCGUUCAUGGGAACCUUGAACAUGCUUGGAUUGGCGAAGCGUACCAAGGCCCGCUUCCUUAUUAGUAGCACUUCCGAAAUUUACGGUGACCCUGAGGUUCAUCCUCAGCCUGAAGACUACUGGGGACAUGUCAAUCCCAUUGGUCCUCGUGCUUGCUACGAUGAGGGCAAGCGUGUGGCGGAGACAUUGACCUAUGGUUUCCAUCGCCAGGAUGGUGUGGAUGUCCGUGUUGCUCGUAUCUUUAACACAUACGGACCUAGGAUGAACCCCUACGAUGGACGUGUCGUUUCAAACUUCAUCGUCCAGGCACUCAAGGGCGAAGACCUCACCGUGUAUGGUGACGGCAAGCAGACUCGGUCGUUCCAAUACGUGCAUGACCUCAUCGACGGUCUUAUCGCACUCAUGAACUCUGACGAGUCCCGCCCAGUCAACAUCGGUAACGGUGAUGAGUUUACCAUUGGCGAGUUUGCAGAGCUGGUUCGUGAGAUCGUCGAGAAGGUGCAGAAAGAGGAUGGAGACCUGCCGACGCGUCGCCCUGAAAUUGUGUACAAGCCGAUCCCGACUGACGACCCUCAGAAGAGGAGGCCUGAUACCACCCGUGCUAAGGAGAGCCUUCAAGAGAUGGUGCGCUACUACAAGGCGAAAAUGGCGGAAGGAAGCCUCUAG